AUGCCACGGCACAUCCUCAUCAUCGGCGCCGGCACAGGCGGCCUCGCUCUCGCCCACGCCCUCAAAAAGUCCAAAGCCGGCAUCACCUUUGCCGUCUACGAACGCGAUCGCACCCGCACGGAUGGGCUCUUUGGCUAUCGCGUCGGGAUCUCGCCCGAGGGCUCACGCUGCCUUGCCGAAUGUUUGCCCCCUGAUCUGUUCGAGGUGUUCAAGAGCACAACCGCCAUCGCUCCAGAUUCGUUCAACAUGAUUACCGAGCAUUACCAAGAGCUCCUGAGUAUAGAUGGAUUCAGCAAAGAGUCCAAAGACGGUGUGGCAGGCGAGCGCUCCGUCAGUCGCAUGACUUUGCGGCAAGUCCUCCUAACCGGCUUGGAGGGGUUCGUUCAUUUCGAUAAGCAUUUCACCCACUACACUACCGACAGCGAUGGAACCGUGUCUGCGUUUUUCAAGGAUGGAACAAGCGCAAAGGGUGACCUCCUCGUCGGUGCAGACGGCACAGGCUCUCCCGUACGACGGCAGUACCUCCCGCAGGCAACGCUGAAGAACUCGGGACUAUACGGAGUCACCGCCAAGGUUGAGCUCAACGAGGAAACAAAAGCGCUCCUCCCACCCAAAGCGCUCCGCGGCGUCACAAUGGUCAAUGCUCCACACGGAGAUAGCUGCAUCAUCCAUGUCAUGGAGUUUCCGUGGGACCAUGAUGGCAAGCUGAAGAAGGGAAUCGGAGGCAACGAUGAGGAACUUCUCAAGAGCUGGCCAGGACUGACGUUUGACAACACGCGCGAUUACAUACUUCUCGGCUUUGCGUCGCACGCAAGCAGGCUGCCCGACGAGCUCAUGUCCAUGGAUGGGCCAAGUUUGCACGACUUGCUGCUGGAUCGCACAUCCGCCUGGCAUCCAAACCUGCGCAAGCUCUUUAGCAUGUCCGACGCGUCCACGUCCUUUCCCAUCAACAUCCGCACGAGCGAGCGGAUAGCGCCUUGGGAGAGCACAAACGUCACGCUUAUCGGAGAUGCAAUUCACACCAUGACGCCUGGCCUCGGCGUCGGCGCCAACACUGCUCUUCUUGACGCCAAGAUUCUAGCGGAGCAAUUGGUCCGCUCGGAGAAGGACGACGAUGGAAUCGUCUCUGCGGUGGCAAGCUAUGAGGGGGAGAUGCACUCCUACGCGUGGAACCGUGUGGAAAAGUCAUUGGAGCGCUUCAACGCCGAUGACGCAGUGUACAAGCCAGGGCUCACGGGCACGGUGGCCACGGUGCUUCUACGAGGGGGAAUGAGGCUGGUGAAUUCUGUGCCGCCAUUGAAGCGAAGAUUCGCAGCUGAAAUGACCAAGGAACGAGGCGAUACGUCUUAG